GGGGCAACAGUGAUUCCCACCUGCAGCUCUUCGUGUAUCCGCACAGGGAGGGCGCGUCGCGUCCAGACUCCUUGGCACAAUAUUAAUACAGUUUAGUCUCCUGUCUCCGUCUCUGUGGCUCCUCCCCGCACUGAUUAAAUGCCCACUCGGCGCUGCAGCCUGCCACAGUUGAAGGCAGCCGUGUCAGAGGAGCAGUAAGGUUGGACUUUCAUCCUCCUAACAGCGAGCAAACAGCUGAGUGUUUUUUUCUUUCGGGCACCCUCUCCAUCCAAGAAGCCUCAGCUAUGAAGACCAUUCUUGCUGCAUACUCUGGCGUCCUCAAAGGCACCGGCUCCAGCAUCCUCUCCGCCCUGCAGGACCUGUCCGUGACUUUUUGGCCCUGCAGAUCCAAGAUGGAGAAACACCUGCAGGUCAUCUCGGUGCUGCAGUGGGUCCUCAGCUUCUUAGCCAUGGGGGCUGCCUGCACUGUCCUCCUCGUCUACAUGUUCUGCACUGACUGCUGGCUUAUUGCUGCCAUUUACACUGCCUGGCUCAUUGUUGACUGGAACACCCCGAAACAAGGUGGCAGGAGGUCCUCUUGGGUGAGAAGCUGGACUGUGUGGACAUAUUUUCGAGACUACUUCCCAGUCAGGCUCAUUAAAACCCACAACCUGCUGCCCAGCCGGAACUACAUCUUCGGCUACCACCCUCACGGCAUCUUCUGCUUUGGUGCUUUCUGCAACUUUGGGACGGAGGCCACGGGCUUCUCUAAGAAAUUCCCGGGCAUCAAGCCUUCCCUGGCAACCCUGGCAGGAAACUUCCGCUUGCCUGUCCUGCGAGACUACCUCAUGUCAGGAGGUAUCUGUCCAGUGAACAGGAACUCCAUUGACUACCUGCUGUCGCGUAACGGGACGGGAAAUGCUGUGAUCAUCGUUGUUGGAGGAGCGGCGGAAUCUCUGCAGUGUGCACCAGGCAUGAAUUCUGUCACCCUGAAGAACCGCAAAGGCUUUGUGAGGCUGGCCUUACAGAAAGGGUCUGACCUGGUUCCAGUGUAUUCCUUCGGAGAGAAUGAUGCCUACAAGCAGGUGAUCUUCGAGGAGGGGAGCUACUGGAGAAAUAUCCAAAAGAGGUUACAGAAGAUCUUAGGCUUUGCCCCGUGCCUUUUCCAUGGAUGUGGCCUCUUCUUCGGCGACUCCUGGGGCAUUGUGCCUUAUGGCAAGCCUAUCACCACCAUAGUUGGGGAGCCAAUCACAGUGCCAAAAAUUGAGGAUCCAACUGAGGAAAUGGUGGAUCUGUACCAUGGAAUGUACAUCAGGUCCCUCCAGUGCCUUUUUGACAAGUACAAGACCCGCUUUGGCCUGAAAGAGAGUGACGUCCUGUACAUCCAGUGAGAGGACAAGGGGGGCCCUGUCGAAGCUCCGAACUGUGACGGUAUCUUCAGACCCGUCCGUCCCCCCUUCCCCACCCUGUCCCCAUCCAAUCUUGGUGCCCGAUUUGGAUUAUCUGUGGACUGCAAAACUCUACACACGAACGAGCCCAUUUGCUCAAGAAACCUUUGCUCUCUGCAUCGUUUCGCAAACAGACACACAUGUACACAGGCAUACAGUCGUUCCUUCUCAGGAAAUUGCAGGUUUGAAGAAUAGUUACCUCUCCCUGCUGCUGUAGUCAGGUUGGACAAAGUUAAACCUAAUCCCACAUCAAAAAGUGUGCCAUUGUUUCUUUUUCUAUUUGCCUUAUCAGUGCAGAGGGGGGUAAGUUCCACUAGAUGGAGCUGGAAGGUAACAUGCAGGACUUCCAAGAAGUGCCAAUGCUUUUGCUGUCUUACACUCAUGCAGCCAUAUAAUAUAAUUCUCCUUCCCUCUUCAGGAUCCUGAUAUAUGCUAAAUGCACAAACAAUGCAAAUGGAAGAUAAUGACUUCAUUCUCGGGAUAAUAAGCCCAAAAGUUUAAUUGAGCCAAAGACCUAUGCUGUCCCCACACAUGCAUGUAUUUCUACUGUAUGAAAGCCCAAAGUUAAGGAAUUCUACAGGGUGGAUUUAUAUUGUGAAUGCACAGACCAUGUGUGCCUGUGAUUGUAUAAUGCCAUAAAGUAUUAAUUGUAUUCUAUAGAGAGGAACAAGCCAAUUUUUGGGCUUGUCCCUCAAUGAAUAUUUCUGAUGCACUUUUUGUAUUGCUGAUUACCUUCUGAGGUUUUUGUGCCUUUGAUAUGAGAUUUUUUUCAAGACAGUCAUUGCGCUGCUUGGCUUGAUUUCCCUUUCUUGUCCUACUGGUGUUCAAUGUCUGGAUGGGUGUGUUUUGUCUAUGCAACAAAGACCACGGAGAUGUCUUGUAUCGUCGAGUGAUUUUGAGCUGCAGCUGAAGAAGAUGAAGGGAUGAGGAUGUGGGUGAAAAUCUUGAUGUAUGAUGAUUCCAGCAUACAGUGGAUCUUUUUGUAACCAUGUCAUGGGUGAUAAUUGAAAAGGAAGGGAUUAUACUGGUCUUCUUACUGGUAUUAUGUUAUGUUCGAGGGUGUCACUGGUACUUUUGUAAAAUAAGAGUAAGUAAGUGUAGAAUAUAUCCUAGGAAUUAUCAAAGUAAGUAAGCCUGUGUCAUGUUGAUGAGCAUGAAGACGGGCAGUAAAUUAUGAGAUUGUCAUUUGAAGAGCAGUGUUCCUCUGGUUUCACCAUUGUGCCUUCUUCUAAAUGGCAGUGUAAGGCAUGUGCAAUAAAUUUGCAAGCAAUAAACAGCGAGACCUGUCUACAUGA